UGCUUAAAGCGGGAUAGAUAUACAAUUAAACAGUAGAGAAAGAAGAAGGAAAGACGAAGAACAGUACAAAAAGUUAGCUAAAAUGAAGCAAAUUCAUAGUCUGUUCCCAUAACUAAUCGAUAUCGCAGUUUGCGAUUAAGAUCUGUUGUUAUUUUCCUAUUCUAUCCAUUUCCUUAUUUAUUUGGUCACCACCGCCGAACAAUGUAUAUUUAUACCAUUGUUACCAUCAUUUUACUUUAAUUAUAACUGAGUAAAUAUUGAUUUCUUUUUUGUACAUUUGGGAACUGAGACAACCCAACCUAAACACGUGGUGCACGAGAGGCACGUGGUGUGAUACGUAAACAUCGGAGCGAGCACAGGCGGGCAUGGCGAUGUCCGGGAAACAAGACGGUGUAAAACAGGUGCCGUGGUUAUCUCCGGCGGAAUGGCACGACGUGUACAGGCGAAUUUACUCCAACGACCCGGACGAGCAGAUGAGGGCCUACGAGAUGCUCUUGGUGUGGAAAGCCAGGAUGCCAAAAUUACCAGUAGGCGUGGACUGCACUCUGUCAAUUUUGCAAGUGUGCCUCCGCGAUCGCGAAUGGACAUCCAAGAUUGACAGCGGCGAGUUGCCUAUGUACUGCGAGAAUGACUUGAGCCUGAUGUACUCGACUAUAAUAAUGAGAUUCUUAAACCACUUCUCUAACAUAGGACACAUGAAGCAGACGUCCAUGUUUAAGAUCGCCAGCCAACUGAAAAUCCCAGAGUGGAUAGUUGAGUUAAGGCAUGAAACUGCUCAUGGACACGAAUUGCCAUCCAUUGGAGUACUAAGAAUAGCAGUUAAUAUAUUGCUGCAUUGGUUGCAUGAUGAAUAUUGGGCACCUGAGGCACAUGCGAUGGAAAAAUGUUACACGAAAGAAGUUGAAGAGGAAGAAGAACCCGAAGUGCAGGACUUUACUGAUGUGAUUGAACUUUGGACAGCUGUUAGCUUAUAUGCUAAUGUUGGUUAUAAUUUAGUGUCGGAUUUACCGGAGACGCAUUUACGGGAAAUAUUGCAAGAAUUACGCACAGACAUGCUGAUUCAGUAUAAAAAUAAAAUCUUAGACAAUGACGAGAAUGAAUAUAUAUCUGUUUAUAAAAGAACUAUAAAGAUUAACAAAGAAUAUAACUUACAAACUGCACAAGCUUUACUUUUAGCUAAGAUAACUGUAGAUUUAAAUGAAUUUUCAAGUACAAUGUAUGAGAAGAGCGAUGCAAUUUGUAACGCGUUGUGCAACAAUAAAGUUUUUCUGCCACAUUUAGAUGUCGUGAAAAUUUUUCAACAGAAAGAAAAGAGGAAUACUAAUCUGAAAAGGAAAAUUUUAUUACCCGAGAUACUUCGAUUUUGGAAAGACAUCAUUUUCUUAUUGCAUAAAAGAGAGAUGUUAGAGACACUGUUGUUCAAAUUGCUGGAUAUCGUGAACCAAGAACGUGAAGAUAAAGAGAAAAGAAAUCUCGCUGCCUUAUGGAUAAGUUCUAUCUUCUAUAGUUUUGUUCAACUAGAUAUUGUUCAAAGUAUUUCUCAUACCAUAGAAUAUGAAUUACAAAAGGACAACAAAAAACUAGACACAAAAACUUUAAGUAAGCAUCUCAAAGAACACAUACACUCUAAACAUCCAUACUUGCAGAAUGUCCUGUGGCUGGAUAUAUCGAGUACCAUACCGCACUUUCUUCUUGAUAUCAAUUUUUUAUCAAGACUUAUAUUAAAUAUAAACGAAUUCUCUGCAAUAUUCAUAGAACCCGUUUUGAAGUUAUUUACACCAAGAAUAGAUGCACAAACAAAAAGACAUUUGUUAAAUUUGAUUCAAAUUUAUAUAUUCCAAAAGGAUGAUGGUGAAGACAGCAACAAUGAAGUUGAUAAAAUAUUUAGUGUCCAGGAUUUUGAUCUAAAUCUAACGGAAAAUGAAGUACAGAUUCAUAAAAUAAAACCUACGACUAAAAAGAAAACUACUGAUUUGUUGGCAGAUCAAAUGAUUCGUAAUUUACAUUGGAAACAAGCAUGUGAUGAUUAUCAAUGGGUUGAAUGCCCCAUUGGAUUACUGCCGUGGCAGGUAGACUCAUUAAAGAGUUUGGAACCACUUAAACUGAAUCCAUCAAAGCUUCCUGUGUCAGUUUCGGAUUCUCAAAUAAUCGCCGGUAUCAUAAAUCGUAAGAACUUGAAAAUGCGAAGUCGUAUCAACUGGAACGACGUAUUGCGGAAAAAAAGAAGAGUAGAGAAAAAACGUAACAAAGGUGUCGCAGAUGUUAUAAUGAACAGAGCAUUAGAGAUUGCCACAAAUCAGACAUAAUGCAGAUAUUGUGACGUAAGAGAACAUUAUUGUUUCUUACAUUAAGCUCCAAUAAAUAAGUUAUGUAUACAUAUAUUUACAUAAUAAAAUUUAUAAUAUGAAGUUAUCUGUCCGUAUUUAUAUUAUCAGCGAUAAAUAUGAUGUAUGAUUGAAAAAAUAAUCUGUGAUAUGUUGUAGAGAAAAAAUAUGAAAGUAUGUCGUUACUUAUUUGAACGUAUUUGCAAAUAAAUUGUAGACAUUAAUAAUCA